AUGUCAGCUCCAGUCCAACCAGCCGAUGAAGGCUCUCACCCACACGGGGUUCCAGCAAAUCGCAUGGCCGAGUUUCUGGCGUUUUUCAAAUCAAUGCGAAACUUCAAAGGCGAUCUCAGCAAAGUCUCAGCACCGAUAUUCAUCCUCGGUCCAACCUCACUGACCGAGUAUGCAUCUUAUUGGUGUGAACAACCGUCCCUGUUUAUCGCACCUGCGAAUCAGGAAACUCAAGAUCUGCGCGCUCUAGCGGUGCUGAAAUGGUAUCUUUGCACUCUUCGUGGCCAGUAUGGGCGGAGAGAAGGCAUCGGUCCUCCUGUAGCUGGUCCUCCCGGCGGACGCAAGGGACCUGGAAGGAAGAAACCAUUGAAUCCAAUUCUAGGUGAAAUCUUCAAAGGGCACUGGGACAGUAAUAACGGGACAGGAAAGACAGAGCUGGUUGCGGAGCAAGUAAGCCAUCAGCCACCGGUCACAGCCUAUCACAUCAGCAACACUCAGCAUCAAAUCCGUCUCGAAGGGUAUCAUCUACAAAAAACCAUUUUCCGCGGAAUGCCUCAGAUCGAGAGAAUCGGGCACGUCAUGCUCUCAUUGGACAAAUAUCACGAAUCAUAUGUGAUGACUAUGCCGGACAUGCAUCUGGUAGGCUUGAUCCCACCGCCACCGUACCCGGAGCUCGUCGGCACGACAUUCAUCGUCGGUACCAACGGUCUCGCGGCUGAGAUCGAGUUCUCCGGCCGAGGUUGGAUUCGAGGGAAGAAGAAUUCGUUCCGAGCGAAGCUAUUCCGCCAGAGAAAGCCGAAGGAGGUCUUGUACCGUGUCGAAGGACAAUGGCAGGGCGGGGCGUUCAAUGUCUUUGAUGCCUCGGGUAGUAAGCUCGAGGAGUUCAAGACCGCCGAUCAGGAUGAAAUCAUACCGAUUUCUGUGCUGCCCAUCUCAGAGCAAUCGCCUGUUGAGAGCAGGCGUGUGUGGCAGCACGUUGCAGACGGGAUCAUCAAAGGCGACUUAACUACGGCAGGAAAGGAGAAACAAAGACUUGAGGAAGAACAGCGAGCUCUCAGAGUGAAGGAAAACACGUCUGGCGAGAAGUGGGAAUUGAGUUACUUCCGGACUGCAGAUGACUGGAAAGAGGCGGGCGGGCUUUUGAAAAGUGUCGGGUUAAAGAUGGUGAGUGAUGAGACCCAGGGUAUCUGGCGCUGGAUCGGAGACGGCGAGCUGGAAAGGGUUGCAGGAGGUGGAGAGUGA